ACUCGCUGUCACAAAAUCUCAGAUAUAUCAGAAAUCGAAACGAACGAAUCUUGCUUCUUUUUAUUAAUAAAAUUUCCUUCUUUUGAUUGAUUUAGUAAGAAUAAGACAUAAUUUAAUUGUGUGAAAUGCCAGAAAGUAUCAAUUUAAUUCAAUGCUACAACCGCGGUUGCGGUAAACAGUUUGAUCCCAAAAAUAAUGAUAAAGAUGAAUGCUGCCACCACCCGGGCUCCCCCGUCUUCCACGAUGCUUACAAGGGGUGGUCUUGUUGCAAUAAGAAGAGUGUGGAUUUUACAGAGUUUUUAAAUAUUAAAGGCUGUACAUUAUCCAAACAUUCAAAUGUGAAACCGCCAGAGCCAGAAAAGAAAGCAUUGGACAAAGAUCUGCAAGAGAAGGAAGUGAUUGUAGUUCGAGCGCCAGUAGCACCCCAGUUACCCAGGCCACCGUUUGAGUCCCCCCUGGUUGAGCUAGAUGCAAGGAUUGCAGACUCUUUGAAAGAAAUGGUUCAAAAAACCAAACAAAAAGAAGCCUCUGCUGAUGAUGGCACUAUAUCUGUGGGCACAACAUGUAAAAAUGGUGGUUGUAAUGUAUCCUAUGAGGGUCCUCAGUCAAAUGAUUCAGUGUGCACCUACCACCCCGGCUGCCCGAUAUUCCAUGAGGGUCUCAAGUUCUGGUCCUGCUGUCAGAAAAGAACCACUGACUUCAACACCUUCCUUAAUCAGCCGGGAUGUACUACUGGUUAUCACAAAUGGACUAAAGAGAGCACUGCAGCCGGAACAGUGAAAUGUCGCUGGGAUUGGCACCAAACGCCUGAGCACGUGAUUGUCAGUGUGUACGCCAAGAAGUACGACCCUAUCUCCAGCUUCGUCAAGCUGAACCCUAUCCGGUUGAACACCAAGCUGGUUUUUAAGGAAGAAGGCGAUGCAGUCUUUGAAAUAGAUCUGGAAUUGAGAGGAAUAAUAAGUGUAGAACAGAGCAGUGCAUCCAUGACACCGUCUAAAGUGGAAAUCAAAUUAAAGAAAGCAGAGCCCGGCGCGUGGAGCAAACUCGACUUUCCGAGGUCGGAGCCGAAAAAGGAGGAAUCUGACAACAAGCCGCAGAUACAGUCGCAAGACGAUGAUUCCGUGGAUCUCUCAGCGGUUGAAGCCAUCGGAAAAGUUCAUGUUACAAAUUGAAGAUAAUAAAUAUUUAUUUCUGUUCAAAUAGAAAAUGUAUAACUUUUGUACAAUUUUUUAAAGCACUAUAUUUCUUGUUGUUGUGCAACAGUAUUGUCUAUAACAGACAGGGUGUAGUGAUAACGUACACUAUGAUUAUGCAAAUAAAAUGUGCUUUUCACAAU